AUAAUUGUAACGGAUAAGACGCCAUCCAACACAUCUUCAAUAACCCACCGAAAACCAGAAAGCAGAAGAAAGCUUCUACCGUAGGGCCACUAACAAUGGCCACUCUCUCAAUUGGCAUCGCCACCUCUGCCGCCACUGCCUUUCGUGCGACAACAGUAAAACGAACCCACUUCAGGCAUAAAAUCUCCUGCGUCCAAUGGGACCCGGAUGGUAUAUUUGGACCGCCGCAGACAGGACACCUGGCUCGGCUCGAGUUUAAAAGACGAUUAGAGAGAGAUGCAGAGGCUCGAGAGGCAUUUGAGCAACAUUUACGCGAAGAGAAAGAACGUCGCCUAGCUCUUCGCCAAUCCAGGGUAAUGCCCGAUACUCCAGCGGAGUUGAUUGAGUAUUUUCUUGACACUGAAGCUCAGGAGAUUGAGUUUGAGAUUGCAAGAUUAAGGCAGAGAUUGGAUGAGGAAUUUUUCUCGCAUCUCAAAUUUGAGAUAGGCCAGAUUCGGUUUGCUGUUUCAAAGACCGAGGAUAUGGAGGACAGACUGAUUGAGCUGGAGGCACUACAGAAGGCCUUGCAAGAAGGCACAGAAGCAUAUGAUAAAAUUCAAGCUGACCUUAUAACUGCAAAGAAAAGCCUCACCAAAAUCUUGACGUCAAAGGAUAUAAAAGCAACUUUGUUGGAGAUGGUUGAAGGCAAUGAACUAAAUAGAUCCUUACUGACACUUCUUGACGAAAACAUAGCAAAUGCAUACAGGGGUAACCAGAAACAAGCAGCAGCUUUCAUGGAAAAGGUUCGUGCAGCUGUUCUCAAGUACUUGACGGUAUAGUAUACACAUGUUUAAAUGUUAAUGAUAAGUACAGUGCAUUUUUAAUUGAUUCUUGGUGAGUUUGGUUUAGCAUUUACUGUACUGCUCUAUACUUACAUAAAUUAUGAGCCUUUGUACUAAAAACAGGGCAGUAUUUUUUAUGUACAAAGACAUGGUUUGCUAUUAGAGUUUAUACAAUUAUUUUGUUGCUCUUCAAA